UGAAUUAGUGGCGCGACACCAGCAAGAAAGACUGUGUCAUAAGGUCCACAUAUACUGACCUGUAUAAGUUGAAGUUGAAGAUUUGGCGAUACGUAAGUUCGCCUGUUCAAUUUAAGGGCAGAACUCUGAAGACCUCAGAAAAGUUCCUCGUCACCAUGUCGACCGAUUUUACCGGAGAAGGCACCUACGAGUGUCAGUUAGACGACGCAGCCAAGAAAACAGCAAAGAGCCAGCUAAACGAGAACCCGAAAGAAAGAGCGAGUCAGAUCGAAAAGUUGAGGACAUGGCUUAAACAGCAGCCCCACCUUACGUGUAGAACUGAUGACCAUUUCUUAUUACGGUUCCUUCGACGUGCCAAGUUCAGUCAGCUGUUGGCCCAGGAAUUGAUAGAAAACUUCGUCAAGAUCCGCUGCAGUCCUUCAUACGGUGUGACCGAUUGGUUCAAAGGAAACAACGUCAAUAAUGCAGAACUAAUGAGGAUGCUGGAAUUAGGAACAAACAUUCCACUGCCUGGUCGCGACGACAAGGACAGAAAGGUGAUCUUAAUUCGCACUGCUGGAGCGUCUCCGGAAGACUUCGAGUUGACCAUGCGCAUGGGGUUCAUGGUAAUCGACCUUCUCCUCAGAGACGAACUCAACCAGAUUCACGGCUUCGUCGUCUUUCUCGACUUCACCCAUUUCACCAAAGAACAUGCAGGAAAAUGGGGGGUUGGAACGAUUAAGAAAGCUAUGAAAUGCUGGCAGGACACAUACCCGAUCAGAAAUAAGGGUAUCAAUUACUACAACACCCCAACCUUAUUCAACGCGAUCUUUGAUAUCUUCAAAAUGUUCAUGAAGCAGAAAUUGAGAGAUCGGAUACAUUUUCACAAGGGUGACUUGAAAUCUCUGCACAAGGAAAUCCCUAAAGCCAUCCUUCCAGAAGAGUAUGGCGGGAAGGCAGGACCGUUGCAAAAAAUCAUUGAUGAUUGGAAAGAUUACGUGAUGAAGAACGCGGAUGAAUUCGAUAUGAUGGAGAAAUUGGACUUUGACGAGAGAAAGAUGCCAAAGCCGAUAGGUGAUGGUGGUGGUGAGGAGGACGGCUGGGGGAUGGUGGGAUCUUUCAGAAAGCUCACAACAGACUAAACGCAAUAGCUGAGCGGUACUCUUUUCGGAAGCCAACUGUGCUUUUGAUCCGUGUUGGAAUCAACUAAAUUCGGCCAUUUUCCUCGAGUCUAGAAACUGGCCGAGGAACAAACGACACAGGAGGGGACGGUCGACUAGUAGGCUAUGAAUUGACCGUUCAGCGUUAGUAAUGACAAACCCGCCUUCGGAAUCUGCUGUAAAAACCCUCAAUGUCUUCGAUGAAACAAAGACAAUUUAGCAUCUUCGGUUCAAAUGACUAAUUUCUUAGAAAAACUAGGCCAGUUUUCAACAUUAAUAGAUGUAUCAAAAUGCUAAUUUGUAUAUACAACUAAUGAAUAUAUAAC